AUGAACAACAAGUUAAAAUUUUUGACCCUCCUAUGCGUCGCCACCACGGGCACGUACUACAUAUGUGUGCACAAGAAGAAGGAAAUUAAGAAACUACUAAAUUGUAUGUUUGUAAAUGGAAAAAAGAAGAAGCACAGACGGAGGGAAAGUAGUGUGCGGAGGAAGAAUCCAAAUGGACGUAAGGCCAAGUCCUUGGCUAGUUUAGAACCCAUGGAAAGCGAAUCAGAAGCAGACGAAAUUGUUCAUGUGAAUGAAGAUACCUCUGUUAUCAGUUCAGAGAAUGAUUCAUAUUUUCUUGAUGUAAGGGAAGAGACCCCACGGGCAGGGAAUGGCUUGAUAGAUGGCCACAUCAAUGGCGGGAGCACGAGAAGGGAGAAAGAUUCCUCAGAAGAGGAGGAAACAGAAGAAGAUAGCACCCUGACGGAUGUUGAAGAUAUUAACAACCUGAAUGAGAGAGCAAGUUACAACGUUGUGCAGAUAAAAGGAAAUCGUAGAACCACGGGGAAAUACCUCAAUGGGCUCCGGAAAAGAACCACCCAAAAGGGGGUUCUUUCAAAGGGAUAUUCCCUUGAAGAGAUAGAUUUCCAAUCUGCGGAUAACUUAAACGAAUGCGCAGUCAUCCUCCCGGAGAAAUACAAAAUAUAUUUCAAGUCCUUCGGGUGUGCACACAACAGUUCAGAUUCCGAAUUUAUGAUGGGCCUUCUUGGGAAUUAUGGAUUUCAGUUUGUGAAAAGUGUCGAAGAGUGCGAUAUCUGCAUAAUUAAUAGUUGCACGGUGAAGAACCCCAGUGAGGAAAGCAUGAAGACCAUUAUAAAUUACGUACACAAAUUGAAUAAGACUAACAGGGGGAGGGCGACAGGCCAAGUGGUAAAAAAAGGGAAGAGUGGAAAAAAGGGGAAAAGUGUACAAAUGAGAAAAACGGUACAGACGGAUGGGGGUGAACAGGACCCACAUGUGGAUUACCUCACCACAUCAUCUUCUGGAAUCUCGGAUUUUGAACAGGACAACAGGGACGGCAAGGGAGAAGCCACCUGUUGUAACGAAACAGCGUGUGGAUGUGCGCCUGCCAAGGGGAAUUCGGGUUUGGUCAAAAGGGCAUCAGUGAAGCAAAUGGAAAAAGAAGGAGUGAAAGGUGCGAUCGCGAAAGCCCCCCGAGGAGAUAUCAAAAUCAUCGUCUGCGGAUGUGUGCCGCAAGCGGAGAAGGACAUGGAGAUAUUCGAAAACGUGUCGCUUGUGGGAGUGACAAACAUUGACAAAAUCGUGGAUGUCGUGGAGAAUGUGAUUAACGGAUACAACGUGCGCUACCUGAAGCAUUCAAAAAAAAUGACCUCCUUAAAUCUCCCGAAAAUAAGAAAAAACAAGUACAUAGAAAUUAUCAAUAUUAACAACGGGUGCCUGGGAAACUGCACCUACUGCAAGACCAAAUUUGCAAGAGGAGACUUAGCUAGCUAUAACAUACCCGACAUUAUUAACAGAAUAAAGCAUGUAUGCAAUGAGGAAAAUAUAAAAGAAAUCUGGUUGACGUCGGAAGAUACCGGUGCAUAUGGAAUCGACUUAAAUACAAACAUCGUCAAACUACUUAAAGAAAUUUUGGAUACCAUUUCCAAUAGUGACGUUAUGAUCCGCCUAGGCAUGACCAACCCACCGUACAUUCUGAAACAUAUAAAGGAUAUAUGCAAUUUGCUAAAGCAUAAAAAUAUGUACGAGUUUAUUCACAUCCCUGUUCAAAGCGGUAGUAACAGAGUGUUAAAAAAUAUGAACAGGGAAUAUGAAAUUGAAGAUUUUAUAUACUUAGUGGAAAAUUUAAGGAAGGAUGUUCCAAAUAUAACUAUUGCAACGGAUAUUAUAUGCGGAUUUCCAUACGAAAUGGAGAAAGAUCACCUGGAAACGGUCGACUUGGUAAAAAAAUAUCAAUUCCCCAUACUUAACAUUUCCCAGUUUUAUCCCAGAAGAGGCACUGUAGCGUAUGGCAUGAAAAAAAUUAACACAAAAAUUGUAAAAAAAAGAUCAAGAGAAGUAACGGACGCAUUUCUUUCCUAUACGAACAAUUACAAAUUUUUGGAAGGAACUACACAGAGAGUUUUAUUCACGGAAGUAUCCACAAAAAGUGAUGACCUUAUUGGGCACACGAAACAGUAUGUUAAGGUAUUGCUGCAAAAUAGAAACAAUGAAAAUUCGCAUUUGUUGAGCCAUUUCGCCAACUGCAAGAUUGUCUCAGCUCAUAAGUGGCACGUAGUUGCAGAACUGGCGUGA